AAUAAAACAUAAUUUCACCAAACCGGAAGGCCCGUCUUGUAUAAAACAACUCGAGAUUUUUAUUUGAAUUACUUCUAGUCCAGGAAUUACAAGCAAUCAGAAUGAAACUUGUUAUAUCUACUGUCGCCAUCUUGGUUUGCCUUUGUGGCAUGAAGGGAAUUCUUGCCGACGAUUAUUACGGCGGAAGUUACGGCGGAGUCGGAGGCGGAUACAGUCAAAGCUACGGAAAUGGUGGAUACGGUCAAAGCUAUGGAAAUGGCGGAUACAGUAGUUAUGGAGGCAGUGGAUACGGCAGUAGCUACGGAAAUGGCGGAUACGGCCAAAGUUACGGAAAUGUAGGACACUUGGGAGGUUACUCCGGUUAUGGUGGAUCUGCAAAGGGAUAUUCUAGUUAUGGAAAUGAAGGUCACCACGGAUAUGGCAAAAAGGGAGGAUACGUCGACGAAACAGUCCAUUAUUUACCUCAACCAAUUCCAGUUAUCGCCCCUUCUGCUAUGAUAGGAGGCGGAAUCGGAGGUGGUAUUGGUGGUGGUCUCGGAGGUGGUAUUGGUGGUGAUGGAUUAACGUCACUCCUUCCACUCCUUUUAUUGGUACCAUUCUUGUUCAAUAACAACAACAACAAUUAAACAGCUUUAAGAUCAUUAUGAAUGUCGAACCAUAUUUAAGAGAAGAGAGAUACUACCUGAAUCAUACGUGUGAAUGCAGUGAAUGAAAUGGUGAAAUAAGGUUUACACGAAAAUGCCACAAGGCAGAAUAAAUGUGAAGAGAUUGCAUUGUAAUCUGUUGAUUGUAAUGAGAAAAAAUUGCAUUGUAAUCUAUUGAUUGUUAAUUUAUAUUUGUUAUUAAAAACAAUACUCUAAUUAA